UCCACGCCCCAUAUCCUUUUGUGGGUCUGGUCAAUCCCGAUUCCUACUUUUUGAACUUAAAAGUUGUAUUGGAGCAAAUACACUGGAGGAUAAUUUCAGCACGAAUCUGUUAUAAAAUAAUAGGAUUAAAGACAUUCAUUGAUUAAUCCAUACGACGGCCUGGAGAAUAACGAUUUUGAGAGUGGCUCACCGAGCAGAAAGAAAGAGAGAGGGGGACAGGCACCGAGCCAAAAAGGACGAGAGAGUAGUGGCGAGUUUAGAGAGAGAGAGAGAGAGAGGGAGACUCAUGGACCGCCGUCGGACCCACCUUCUCUCCACUAUCGUUGCGUGCAUGAAGGGCUUUGCUUUAUUGAGAGGUUGGUUUUUUCUCCAUUCCUUUUCCUUGAAGGAUUUCAUGGGGAAUUGCUGGUUUGGAUGCAAGCCAAGUUUGUGUAAAGUCUUCACUAACAGCAAAUCAGAUUCCCCAAGAAAUGAGAGUCGACCAGUGAAGGUAGAAUGCAAGGAUAAUGACAAUGACUUGCCUUCAGAUCCCAAAGAAAUCGAGGAUCUUUGCCGGAAUUCAGCAGCCAAGCAUUUGAUCAUGUUUACUUACAAUGAGCUAAAGACAAUUACUGGCAAUUUCAGGCUGGAAAAUGUUUUGGGGGAAGGUGGAUUUGGAAGUGUGUAUAAAGGGUCCAUUCCAAGAAAUAUCAGAGAAGGACUUGAGCCACUUCAAGUCGCUGUUAAGGUUCAUGAUGGACUAAAUAGUAAUCAAGGCCACAGGGAGUGGCUGGCAGAAGUCAUCUUUUUGGGCCAACUUUCUCAUCCAAACUUGGUGAAACUGAUCGGAUACUGUUGUGAGGACAACCACCGGGUUUUGGUCUAUGAGUACAUGGCAGGGGGUAGUGUAGAAAGCAAUCUUUUCUCAAAGAUAUUACUGCCCCUUCCUUGGAAUGUUAGAAUGAAGAUUGCUCUUGGUGCUGCCAGAGGACUUGCUUUCCUCCAUGAAGCUGAGAAACCUGUGAUUUAUCGUGACUUCAAAACAUCCAAUAUCUUACUAGAUCAGGAGUAUAAUGCAAAGCUUUCCGACUUUGGGCUGGCAAAAGAUGGACCAGUGGGCGAUCAAUCCCAUGUUUCAACGCGUGUCAUGGGUACAUAUGGAUAUGCAGCUCCAGAGUACAUGAAGACAGGUCAUUUGACCACCAUGAGCGAUGUUUACAGUUUUGGAGUAGUCCUUCUUGAGCUUCUCACUGGUAGAUGGUCGCUCGAUAAGACAAGGCCAAGCAAAGAGCAUAAUUUAGCAGAGUGGGCUCGGCACUUCUUGACUGAGAAGAGAAAACUGUUAAAUAUAGUUGACCCAAGAUUAGAGGGUCUUUAUCCAGUUAAAGGGGUGCAUAAGGCUGCCAUGUUGGCAUAUCACUGUUUGAAUCACAACCCAAAGGCCAGGCCCCUCAUGAGAGAUGUGGUGGACACUUUGGAGCCUCUACAGUUCUCAGGAAUACUGACUUGGGCACAGUUCCUGGUAUCUAUACUUAUCGAAGAAUACGAUAAGAAAUUACCGUUGAGAUUGUUAACAUUAAGUUGUGACAUCCAGGUUUUCUCGACUUCUUGUUGAUUGUAGCCUUUGGCAGGGGAUUUAUUUCUUAGACAUAAAUUAGACUGAUCUGGGUUGGUUCAUUUUCUAACUUUCUUGCUCUCUUUUUGUUUAUGUACACUGUAUAUGCGCAUCAUAUGUACAUGUAUGUACAAAUUCAUGCA